AUGAAAGAUCAUUGUAGGGGUAAGAUGAUAAUGACCACCAAUACUACUCCUAGUAUAGAUUUAAAUCAACAUGAUGAUCAGAGACAUGCAUUUCUCGAUUCAAUAGACACACUUAUCUUUGAUUGUGAUGGUGUGUUGUGGCUCGAUCAUCAUGUCAUCCCGGGUGCAUGUGAAGCAUUGGCAAAGUUUAGAUCGAUGGGAAAGAAGAUCAAGUUUGUCACAAACAAUAGUACAAUGACAAGACAUCAAUUCCUAGUCAAGAUUCAAUCAUUUGGUAUUGAAUGUUCAAUUGAUGAAAUCUAUGGUAGUGCAUAUGGUACUGCAUUAUAUUUAAAAUCAAUACAAUUUAAUAAGAAGAUAUUUAUGAUUGGUGAAGCUGGACUAGAGAAUGAAUUGAGGGAUGCUGGAUAUAGUCCCAUUAAAUUCAAUACCGAUCAUACAGUAUCGGGGAUAUCAAAUGCUCAAAACAUAGAGAUUGAAAGAGAUAUUGGAGCUGUCAUUGUUGGUAUGGAUACUUCAUUGACCUACUCUAAAUGUGUCUAUGCACACAAAGCAAUCACUCAGAUUCCAGGAUGUAUGUUUAUAGCAACAAACACUGAUCACAGUUACCCUGUACGUGAUGGUACUCUACCUGGAGCCGGAUCAAUCGUAACGAUGAUACAAAGCAGUACGAGCAAGGCACCAAUCAUUGUAGGUAAACCAGAAACACUCUUGAUGGAUGUCAUUAUCAAAAACGAAGGGUUGGAUCGAUCAAGAACACUCAUGGUUGGUGAUCGUCUAAACACUGACAUUCUCUUUGGUAUCAAUAGCGGCACGAAAACAUUACUUGUCCUAACCGGCAUCUCAAACAAACAAUCAAUCAUUGAAGAAAACAUUAUCCCUCAUUUUAUAUUAAAUACAAUUGCUGAUUUAAUUUAA